GUCGCUUCAACGCUAGUAACCCAAACCAGGAUGCCCAAAGCCCGAUUUAAACUCCGCCCAAAGACACACACAAAAGAGGAGAAGAGGACGGAGGGGUUAGAAGAAGACAGCUCGGAUGAAGAACAGCCAUCCGCCUUUGAAACUCCCGAGGAGACACCCGGGCCGAGCGAGAUUCUUAAGCAGAUUCGUCGGACUGUUCAUCGAAAAGCCUUCAAAGCAGACUUCAGCCAUGCGUCAUUCGAAGCCCGAGUUGAUGGGUAUCUCGAAGAUGGACCCACAGGGAAAGUUCGUACCCUCAUUGAAGUGAAGCCAGUGCAUAGAAGACUAAAGAGGGCAUUGAUCAACAUGCAGGAAGCCGCGCAGAUGGUAGCUUGGGCCAAAUCGGAUACAGAUCUAGACCUUAUCUUAAUAGAAUUUGCCGAUUAUGUUGACUAUCUGAACAACAAGCCCGGCCGAAGUACGGGCCCCCAUUUCCUUACAAUGCAUGAGUACGGCCCAUGGAAUAUAACAUCAUCCGUCCAGAUGAAUGAACUGGGCGCGAUUCUGCUUGCGAUUGCUUUGCAGCCAGAUUCCGACUUGCGUGAGGAGGAGCGCCGACAAAAUUAG